AUGCGGCCUUAUUUCGCCCACCUGAAUAGGUACACCGUUUGGGCAGCCUUGAACUUCUUGGAGAAAAAAGAUAUCUUCAUGCGCGCGUUGUUUGGCGCGAAAAUAACGUUUUCGUUUAAAGCGUUUGGUUCCGCAUACCUUAACGGACUCUGCGAAGAACUAUUUCGUUUCGGUAUAGUGGAAGAUGUCGCUCAUACAUACUCCAUGGUUUCCGCUGCUGCUCACGAGAUAGGACACAUACUCGGAAUGCCUCACGAUGGGGACAUUCCGCCCUACCAUGCUCCAAACGUGACAUGGGAACGAUGUUCGGUGACGUCGGGAUCUCUCAUGGCACCUUCACUUGGCGGCAGAAAUGGAUGUUUUUUUUCCCACUGUUCUCUGCAACACAUGAGGGUUUUUGUAGGACUUCAGACGGAACAAUGUUACAAAGUGAAGUCGAAGAAAGCCUUCCAAGCACCUUGCCAACUUCCGGGCGUGGGACUGAACAUGACAGAUUUAUGCAAGAAGCUACAUCCUGACACCCCUGGAAUAACGGGCUUCUCUACCCCGAAAUAUGACGGGAAGUGCAAAUUUCUGUGCAUUGCGAUGGUCAACACUACCAUACAUUUCUUCACUCACCGCCAUAUAGAUGGAAUGCCUUGCGGCAAAGGAAGGGCGUGGUCGGCCUGUUUGUGA